UUUUUUUAAAUUUUAUAAAAAAUCAAAUUUUUGUUGUAGCGAUUGUAUAACAAACAUAAAAUAUUUAUUGUGUAUAUAAUUAAAAAAAAUAAGCUAAUUAAUUAAACCUGUAUUAUAAGGAAAAAAUUUUACUGAGAAUAUUUGCUUCGAAGGAAAAAUGUUAAGUUUUUAUAAGAAAACCUGGAAUACAUCAUUGAAGCAACAAAUUAUCACUAAACGAUUUAUUGGUUCGAUUGUUCAUCAACCAGUAUUUGAAAACUAUGGAAUUAAAAACGAACCUAUCUUAGAUUAUGAACACAACUCAAAAGAAAGAAAAAAGUUGAAAGACACAUUAGAACGAAUGUCAUCAAAAAUAGAAAACAUUCCUAUAAUCAUCGGGGACAAAGAAAUUUAUUCUGGACAAGACCGUUACCAAGUAAUGCCUCAUAGUCACAAAGAAAAAAUUGCGAAAUUUUACUAUGCUGACAAAAAACUUAUAAAAGAUGCAAUUACGGUAGCUGUUGAAGCUCAAAAAAAGUUUGAUAAAACUCCAAUGGAAUAUCGUGUUCGUAUUUGGGAAAAGGCUGCUGAUUUAAUGUCUGGACCGUAUCGCCAAGAACUUAAUGCUGCAACUAUGUUAGGGCAAUCCAAAACUGUAAUUCAAGCCGAGAUAGACAGUGCAGCAGAAUUAAUUGACUUUAUUAGAAUGAAUCCAUACUAUGUUAAGGAGGCAAGCAAAUACCAACCGAUAAGUGAGAAUCCAACAAUUACGAAAAACAGCAUGCGUUUUCGAGGUAUAGACGGCUUUGUAGCAGCUAUAAGCCCCUUCAAUUUUACUGCGAUUGGGGGAAAUUUGGCAUACACUCCUGCUUUAAUGGGCAAUAGUGUAUUAUGGAAACCAUCUGAUACUGCAGUUUUAUCAAAUUACAUAAUAUUUAAAAUCAUGCGAGAGGCUGGUGUUCCCAGUGGUGUUGUUAAUUUUGUACCAGCUGAUGGUCCUGUUUUUGGUAGUACAAUUACGAGUUCUUCACACCUUGCUGGAAUAAAUUUUACUGGUUCUGUAGCGACAUUUAAUUGGUUAUGGCAAGCAGUAGCACAAAAUAUAGAAACAUUUAUAAAUUUUCCUCGAUUAAUUGGUGAAGUUGGAGGAAAGAACUAUCACUUUAUUCAUCCGUCAGCAGAUGUUAACUCAGUUGUGAAUGGCACUAUUAGGUCUAGUUUUGAGUAUUGUGGACAAAAAUGUUCAGCAUGCUCUAGGAUGUACGUUCCGGAAUCUUUAUGGGCAGACAUUAAAGAAGGACUUUUGAAAGCUAUUAAGACUUUAGUAUUUGACGAUGUUCGUAAUUUUAGUGCAUUUUCUUCUGCAGUUAUUGAUGAUAGAGCAUUUGAUAGAAUCAAGUCUUAUAUCGAUUAUGCAAAAAGUUCAAAAAAAUUAGACAUUAUUGCAGGUGGUAAAUGUGAUAACUCAAACGGUUAUUUUAUUGAGCCUACCAUAGUCCAAACAUUUGACCCACAUGAUAAAAUAAUGAAAGAAGAAAUAUUUGGGCCUGUUUUAAGCAUUUAUGUUUAUAAAGAUAAUGAUUUGAAUGAAGCACUUAAACUAGUUGGUUCAACAACUAAAUUUGCAUUAACUGGAGCUGUCUUUGCGCAAGACAAACAGUUUCUUGAGAAUGCAUUUGAAGAACUGAAAAUGACUGCAGGCAACUUUUAUAUCAAUGAUAAGUCAACUGGCUCCGUGGUAGGACAACAGCCCUUUGGAGGUGGUCGAUUAUCAGGAACUAAUGAUAAAGCUGGAGGACCACAUUAUGUUCUUCGUUGGACAUCGCCACAAUCGAUUAAAGAAACAUUUAUGCCAUUAAAGGAAAUCGAUUACCCAUACAUGCGUUAGAUUAAGCCAUGAUGCAAUAUUCUUUAU